UCAGCUCCUGUUGGGAAAGAGAGCGAGAGUUUCAGAAAGAGAGAGGCAGGCUUUCAUUUGUAAACUCUAAACAAGUGACAAUAAACUAUUCAGUACUUGAGAGCCAAUCCAGAACUCCAUCCUGAUACUCUUUGACUUCCAGGACAAGCUGUGUCAGUUUUUUCCUGCUCAAGUUCUUUUGCAGUUAACAACCAUGCAGGUGUCCUUCGCGUGUACAGAUCACGGGUUGAAGGCCCCGCGCUCCAGCGAGCCGAACAAACAGAACACGUCGAGUCCGAACACGGCCAGCGCAGCGCGGGCACGGUUCCGAACGGUGGCGCUGAUCGCCCGAAGCCUGGGCUCCUUUACUCACAGGCACCACAUUUCCCUGAAAGAGUCCACUGGAAAACUCACUGGCAUGAAGUACAGGAAUCUUGGGAAGUCAGGACUGCGAGUGUCAUGCCUUGGACUUGGCACAUGGGUGACAUUUGGGGGACAGAUUUCAGAUGAGGUGGCAGAGCAGCUGAUGACUAUAGCCUAUGAAAACGGGGUCAACCUAUUUGACACUGCAGAGGUCUAUUCAGCUGGGAAGGCUGAAAUAAUCCUAGGAAACAUUAUCAAAAAGAAGUGUUUAAGGAGAUCCAGUCUGGUUAUCACAACUAAACUGUACUGGGGAGGAAAGGCAGAGACAGAGCGUGGGCUCUCUAGGAAGCACAUUAUUGAAGGUCUGAAGGGUUCUUUGCAGAGGUUACAGCUGGAGUAUGUGGACGUGGUUUUUGCCAAUCGCCCUGAUAGCAACACUCCUAUGGAGGAGAUAGUGAGAGCCAUGACGCAUAUCAUUAACCAUGGCAUGUCCAUGUACUGGGGCACAUCACGCUGGUCAGCGAUGGAGAUCAUGGAGGCGUAUUCUGUAGCGAGGCAGUUUAAUCUGAUUCCUCCUGUGUGUGAACAGGCCGAAUAUCAUUUAUUCCAGAGGGAUAAAGUGGAGAUGCAACUGCCUGAGCUUUACCAUAAGAUUGGAGUUGGUGUGGUAUCCUGGUCUCCUCUAGCCUGUGGCAUCAUCACAGGGAAAUAUGAAAACGGCAUCCCAGAAUCCUCCAGGGCCUCUUUGAAGUCAUACCAGUGGCUGAAGGAGAAGAUUCUGAGCGAGGAUGGCAGAAAGCAGCAGGCGAAGCUUAAGGAACUGACCCACAUAGCUGAGAAGCUCAGCUGUACCCUGCCACAACUUGCCAUCGCCUGGUGCCUCCGUAAUGAAGGAGUGAGUUCUGUUCUCCUGGGGACCUCCAACCCUGCACAGCUCACUGAGAACCUGGGGGCGAUACAGGUUCUACCAAAGAUCACUGCUCACGUGGCCUCAGAUAUCGACAAAAUCCUGGGUAACCGUCCCCAGAGUAAGAAGGACUACCAUCACUAGGCCUUUCUGUGAACCUGUAAGCCUUGAGACUCAGGAUCCCGUUCCAGCCCUCUUGUUUCGGCGGGUGUCCACAGUGUAUGAUUCCCGCCAUUGUGUGUCUGUGUCGACUUCUUCUGCAGAGAGCCAUUGUUACAGUUACAGUAGAACUGCUAAAGUGUUAUGCAUGCUUCUGUUCGACCUAAACCUGAUCUCAACCUUGCAUUAAGGUCUCUGUGGAGACACACUUGCCUGUGAUGCACAGAAGCUCCUGGACUCCCUCGUUUGUGGGGUUUUGUAUUCAGCUGUCAUAACCCAUAUGUGCCAAAGUCAACCUGGUCUUGACCCUUGACCUCCUUUCUGAAAAGGGACGAAAGACAGGCCCUUAUGAAUGGCCCUGAUUACCGUCUGUUAAACACUGUAAGGAAAAUAAAGUAAGGAAAAUGCACUGCAUAUCAUUCUGAGAAUGUACAAACUAAGAACUGUGAUGUAUGGCAGAGCAGCAUGUAGAGUUGAACUGUGUACGAUGUGUGUGCAUUGGUAAAAAUGUGUUGGAUUAAAAAGCCAUGAACAGCAA